GGAAUAUUCACAAGAAGAAGAAGACUUCAACAUGGCGGCGCCCUACACCGAUGUUCUGUGACAGUCAGGCAUUAAGGCUUUAAUAUCAACUUCAAGAUAUAAAAAAACAUAAAGAAGUAGACAGAAUCGAUGGUUUCUUCAUUAACGGCACAUUGUGUUAACACGAUGGGCUCGUCAUUUAUUCGAGUCGUGUUCCGUAAAGAUGUGAACCGGUUGUCCGCACAUGGAGGAGACAGGCUGAACUUCAGUACCAGUCGGUGUGUGGCAGCGAAGGUUCCCCCUGCACGCAAGCCCAGGGAAAGAGUGGAGAUCCCCGGGUUAGAGAUGGUCACGUACGGGGAAAGGAUGCACUACGUACCGGGGCUGGCGAAGCCCGUCAGCCCACAAUGGGAGAGGGACUACAAGGAUCCGAGGCACUACAGGGCCCCCCCUCUUCAUAACGUGCCUCUAUACAAAGAACAACCCUGCUAUGUAUACAACCAGAGGACCAGCGCACUUGAAGGUGUGCGUCAGGCUCUGUGGUUGAGCAAAGCCAAACUGAUCUCUGGUCUGCCGCCUCAGCUCCUUUCACUUGCGGAGAAUCCUGCCAAUCAGAUCACUGAUCAGGAUGAGCGAGUGAAGAACGCAAUCAAGCAUGCACGCUUCUGGGACACCACAGAGGAAAGACCCGGCAAACAGAAAUACAGCAACGCGCUGCUCCUCAACCUGCUACAUCUGUGUGCAACUCUACAGGACAGAAAGCCAGCAUUUAGAAAGAGAACCCUUGUUGAGAAGUACUCAUUGGCAGCUACAUUAAAAAGAGGUGAGGAUCUCUUUCAGAUUCGGGGUCAGAAUGGUUUGCUGCUUAACUGCAUGGAUCCUCUCCCGGAGGUUGCUGGUAAAAAGGAAGUGAGCGACACAGUAGAUCAUGUCCUGGAAUCUUUCUAUCCCAUCUCCCCAACUAUUGACCUGCAGAAAGUUCAUGUUUAUAAGGAGGAGUUGAACUGCUUAGGUUUCAGGGAUGACUAUCCUUACCGUCAUGCCCACACACUUUUCUUCCUGGAGGGAGCAGAUGAGUCUUGUAAACUGCGCCCAGAACAGUUAAGAGCCAAGAUGGUUAUGUUCACCUUUGGAAAUGCUCUGGCCCGUGCACACAAACUGUAUGGGGUCCAGACCCAGCAUAUGUUAGAUCGUCCUAUAACAGUGCAAGCAGUGGGGACAAAUGGGAGAAUAUUCCAGUUCAUGGUAUUCCAGCUCAACACUACAGAUCUCUCAGGAGAUGACGGCAUCAAGAACCAGGUGUGGCUGGACGAAGAUGUUGAGCUCUAUGAUUUUGCAAAAGUCCGACCACUAAUCAAGAAAAAGCAAGUUAAGGUACCAGCUGGACUGGCGGGAUACAAGCCUGAAUCAUUCAACAAGUUCCUUGCCCUGUACCUGCACGGAGCUGUGUAGGAUUACUUGCAGUGCGAUGUUUCCAGUAAUGAUUUAUGUGUGUGUGUGUGUCUGUGAAUGUGUAUAGACACACUCUGAGCAGUGGGGUAUAAAUUAUAAAAAAUGUGUUUGUAAAGGUGUCACUUGCCAGGAAUAUUUACCUUUCUUUAAAAACAGACAAUUUAUAAAAACUUAUUUGACAUACUCACUCUGUCCCUUUGUUGUUUUUCUUCUUUUUAAGCCCAUUAAAAAGUCUCCAUCAUUUUGGAAACAACCUGGA